CACGGUGACGGAGUGCAAGCGACGCAACGUAGCAGACGGAUGACACUCGGAGAAAAUGCAGGUUGAAGACGCCAGGUAUUUGAAAAAAAAAGUAAAGGUUGGCUCGCUAGAUGUUCACCCCACAGAGAAAGCGCUCGUGGUCAACUAUGAGCUGGAGGCCACCAUCCUGGGCCAGCUGGGAGAUGCCAUGCUGGGCGACAGAAAGGAGUGCCAAAAGAUCAUCCGCUUGAAGAGCCUUGAUGACAACACGGACAUCGCUGCGCUGGCCCGUGAGGUGGUGGACAAGUGCAAACUGAUCCAUCCCUCGAAGCUGAGUGAGGUACAGCACCUCAUCUCCUACCUUCUCACCAGGAAAGAGAAUGUCAAAGACAGCCACAUCUCUCUCGACAACUCGUCCCCGGAUGGCUCAACAGAACAGGCCAACCUCAACGAACUGGAGUCCUAUAUGGAAAUGCUGUACGAGGAGAUGCCCGAGAAGGUGCGAGGGGCGUCGCUCAUCCUGCAGCUAGCAAGGAACCCCGACUACUUGGAGGAGCUGUGCCAGAAUGAGACUGUUCUUGGUGCACUGGCCAGGGUGCUGCGUGAAGAUUGGAAAAAGAGCUUGGAUCUGAGUUACAACAUAGUGUACACAUUCUUUUGUUUCUCAGUCUUCUCGAACUUCCACACUGUUAUUUCCCACUUUAAAAUCGGGUCCCUUUGCAUGGAUAUCAUAGACGGUGAACUUCAGCGCACAGACCAGUACCGCGAUCAGCUGACCAAGCGCAAGAAGGGUGCUGAUGGCAUGGCAGAUCCUGCCAAGCUGCAACAGGACUAUGAGCGUAACUUGAAGAAGUACCAGGCGGUUGUGGCGAAGCAAGACCAGGUACUACGAGUGUGUACGUACCUCUUGCUCAACAUUGCUGAGGAUGUACGGGUAGAGGAGAAGAUGCGCAGGAAGAACAUUGUUGGCCUGCUGGUGCGGAUGCUGGAACGAGAGUCAACAGACCUCCUCCUCCUUGUUGUAUCCUUCCUCAAGAAACUGUCUGUGUAUAUGGAGAAUAAGGAUGAUAUGGGCGACUUAAACAUCGUGGAAAAAGUGAGUCGCCUGAUUGGUACUGACAACAGUGACCUCCUCAAUGUCACGGUGCGACUCCUCCUAAACCUUUCCUUCGAUGCCAACCUCAGGACCAAGAUGAUCAAAGUCGGCCUUCUGCCCAAGCUUGUGUCCCUCAUAGGUGAGGAAAGACACCAGCAAGCAGUAUUGGCGGUUCUUUAUCAUCUGAGUGUUGACGACAAGUGCAAGUCCAUGUUUACAUACACUGACUGCAUUCCGACAGUGAUGAAAUUGGUGCUGAGUUCCCCGGGCCCUCAAGUCCCGCUGGAGUUGAUGGCCCUGGCUGUCAACCUGGCGGCCAACAAACGGAACGCACAGCUCAUCUGCGAAGGGGCUGGGCUGAAGCUGCUCAUGAAGAGAGCCCUGAAGUACCGCGACCCACUGCUGACUAAGAUGAUUCGCAACAUUGCCCAACAUGAAGGACCCACCAGGGAGCUCUUUAUGGACUUCGUCAGUGAGCUCUGUGAAGUUGUGAGUAGUGGGGGAAGCGAUGAGUUUACCCUGGAGUGUGUGGGCGUUUUGGGUAACCUCUCUCUGCCAGACUUGGACUAUUGCCAGCUGCUCACCAAAUACCAGCUGAUUGAUUGGAUUAAGAAUAGUCUGCAACCUGAUGCUGUGGAGGAUGACCUUGCCCUGGAGGUGGUGGUUCUCCUGGGAACUGUGGCCGGGGACCAGGCAGCUGCGGAGCUCAUAGUGGAGACGGGCAUACUCCAGGCACUCGUCAACCUGCUCAAUGCUAAACAAGAGGAUGAUGAAGUUGUGCUCCAGAUAGUGUAUGUGUUUUACCAACUUACGCGGCAUGAGACUACACGGCCACAAGUCAUUUCCACAACUGAGGUUCCAGCUUACCUCAUCGACCUCAUGCAUGACAAGAACACAGAAAUCCGAAGGGUGUGCGACACAACGCUAGAUAUAAUAGCUGAAAAUGAUGAGGAUUGGGCCACGAGGAUCCAGUGCCACAAAUUCCGCUGGUACAAUAGUCAGUGGCUGGACAUGGUAGAGGAGGCGGAGAAUAUCGACACGAUGGGGGGCGAGGAGAUGGCUGGGGGAGAGGGUCUCGGCCACUCCUUCCUCCACCACUCGGAUGUGUUAGACCACCAGGGAAUGUACUCAGAUGGCCUCUCCUCUCCUGAGAGUGAAGACUACCCAGGCAUGAAUGGGCACGGUGAAGGCUCACGCCCUUCCUCCAACUACACGAACAGGUGGUUAGACAAUGAAAAGCUGCAUGACAGCACAAGUUUCCCAGUAAGUCAUCUCUAUAGCUUUUAUCCAGGCAGGUUACGAGCCCAGUAUUUUGAACAGGAAAUACAAGAACUGGCAAGAUUUAGUGCUGACUUGGAGCAGUUUGCUGACGAGCUCCUUAAAAAGGCUGGAGUAUAAGGGGGAAGACCCCUUCUUCACAACUUCAAGACACAUGUAGAUUUAGAGAAUGAGUCAGCAUGAGAGAACAUUGUGUAGAUAUCUUUGAGUUUUAUAUCGCAAGCUUUAAUUAUUUAUGUAAAGUUAUGUUUUCCGGGUUCUAGUGUACUGUGCUUGUAUGCCCAGGUGUAUUCCCUAACAUUAGGUUAUAUACAGUUUUAUUUUUUCACUUUGGGAAGCUAUCCUAUAAAAGUACGUCAGAUGUGUGUGACUGCUUUGUGAAUCUCAUUUUUUCUGUCCAUUGUGCUUUGGAGUUUCAUUUCUAAGAUUUGUAUGCAUGUACAAUGGCUUCCGACCUGUAUGACUUCAUUUAAUUUGAACACUGUUGAUUAUGGAAAGGUCACAGAUUAGAUUCAGUCAGUGUUAUCUAAUGAAUGAAUUGUAUACACUAUAGGUUUGGAAAUUGCAUCUGCUCUCCCUGUUUUCUUCAAUUCUUAGUGCCUCUUCAUAUAUAUAUAAGAACAUUUGCAGGAAAGUUAUGGAAUAUAUUCAGCAGGAAUCGAGCAAGGUAAAACCAAAGCAGCUUGUUUUAUUUUCAUAUAAUAAUAUUAUGUCUGUGUCUGUGUAGACAUCAUAAGUUUUAUCAGGUAUGUAUUUAAGAAAGAUAGUGAUAAAGUGAUAAUGGUAAAUAGUAAUAAUAAUGAUACAUUCCUAAAGUCUUUAGGCUUAUGUCAUUUUCAUCUAUUCAUGUCAUUUUUUUAGAUUUAAAUAUAUAAAUUUCCUGAACUGCCUUUUUAGGAUAUUUUAUUAUUCAUUAUAGAAUAUAUAUAUACAUACACAUUUUUAUAACCAAUUUACAACACUUAAUGUAUGGAAUAAAUAUUACUAAGGUUGUUUGUGACAGGUGAACCCCCCAAAAUAUUAUUGUGAUGAACCAUUAAAGCCAUAUACAGUUAUAUAAAGCCAUAUUAUAUAUAUAAACAUAUAGACACUUAUGAUACAUAUAUUCAUAUGUAUUGUUUACUAUAAGCAUGCUAUGAAAGAGGUAUGAACUUGACAAUAAUUGCCAUUAUGUUGAAAAGGCACUUAACAACACAUGUACUUUAAUGCUAGUCAUAAUAUAAGGUUUAUGAAA